AUACAAAUACAUUAAAGUUUUCUUUUGUUUAUUUAUUUUUUAAAUAAAUAUAUAAUCAAAGCAAACAAAUAUAAUCAAUCUGGGUUUGAUCUCUGAUAGCAGCUAUCAUCAUCAAAUCAGUAGUAAGGCAUCAUCAUGUACAGAACUGCAGUUUCGCGUCUCAGUGCUCUCAAGGGCGGCCGUAGAUAUCCUACAAGAUUUGCAAGUUCGAGUGCUGCAGCAGCCUUGCAAUCGUCCUCUUCCAGUGGUUUAUUCAGCUGGCUUACUGGGGGAAAGUCCAAGUCUUUGUCACCUCUAGACUUUCCACUUCAAGGAGUUGAACUCCCUUCCACUUUGCCUGAUUAUGUUGAACCCGGGGUAACUAAGAUUACAACACUUGGUAAUGGCUUGCGAAUUGCAUCUGAAACAUCACCGAGCCCUGUGGCGUCAAUAGGGUUAUAUGUUGAUUGUGGCUCAGUGUAUGAGUCACCAGCAACAUUUGGGGCCACUCACUUGCUGGAACGAAUGGCAUUCAAAAGCACAAGAAACCGCAGCCACUUGCGAGUUGUACGAGAAGUGGAAGCAAUUGGGGGCGCUGUGCAAUCCUCAGCAUCUCGGGAGCAGAUGGGAUACACAUAUGAUGCUCUGAAGACUUAUCUUCCAGAGAUGGUUGAGCUACUUAUCGAUUGUGUGAGGAACCCUGUCUUCCUUGAUUGGGAGGUCAAUGAACAGCUUCAGAAGGUGAAAGCUGAGAUCAGUGAAGCUUCAAAGAAUCCUCAAGGUGUGCUUUUAGAGGCGAUUCACUCUGCUGGUUUUUCUGGUGGUUUGGCUAAUCCUCUUUUAGCCCCAGAAUCUUCAAUAGAUAGAUUGAAUGGUUCACUCUUGGAGGAAUUUGUAGUUGAAAAUUAUACUGCUCCUCGAAUGGUGCUUGCAGCUUCUGGUGUUGAACAUGAGGAAUUGGUAGCCAUUGCAGAGCCCCUUUUAUCUGACCUGCCUGAUAAAAAGAGUCCUGGAGAGCCAGAAUCUCUUUAUACUGGAGGUGAUUUUCGUUGCCAAGCUGAUUCAGGGGACCAGAAAACCCAUUUUGCUCUUGCAUUUGGACUAAAAGGUGGCUGGCAUGAUGUGAAGGAGGCUAUUACCUUGACAGUUCUUCAGGUUCUAAUGGGAGGUGGUGGAUCAUUCUCAGCUGGUGGCCCUGGGAAAGGAAUGUAUUCAAGGUUAUAUCAAUGUGUCUUGAAUCGACAUCACAAAAUUCAAUUGUUUUCAGCAUUCAACAACAUUUACAAUCACACUGCCAUAUUUGGCAUCGAAGCUACCACGGAUGCAGAUUUUGCAUCAUCAGCCAUUGAGCUAGCAGUUAGAGAGCUAACUGAAGUUGCUUCGUCUGGUGCAGUUGACCCAGUGCAGCUACAACGUGCUAAACAGUCCACAAAGUCUGCCAUUUUGAUGAAUCUGGAAUCUAGAAUGGUUGUUUCAGAAGAUAUAGGUAGACAAAUAUUGACAUAUAACAAGAGGAAACCUUUGGAGGAUUUCUUGAAGGCUGUAGAUGAGGUUACAUCGCAGGAUAUUACCGAAAUUUCCCAAAAGCUUGUUUCUUCUCCUCUCACAAUGGCAUCAUAUGGAGAAGUUAUCAAUAUCCCAACCUAUGAUGCAGUAAGCAGCAUGUUCAAGUCAAAAUGAUUCUUCCCCUCACAGCAAAUCGGGGGGAGGAUCUGCGACAAACCUACAUUUUUUGUUACAGCCAAUUUGAGUUGGAGUUCAUCUUCAAUGGUCCCUUUCCUUUCUUUAUCAAUAAAUCGGUGAAUCUUUGGCCAGCAGCAUUUGAUAUUCCUGACGUUGCCCUACAGUGCUUUCUUUCCAUACUGGCUUUGUAAUCUAUAUCUUCCCAGUCAUCGUGGAAAAAGAAGAUCAUAUUCUUUUGAGUGACAUUUUAUUGAUGAAGGGAUGUCUCAUGGUGUUGAUUUAUUCGAUUUUGUACUAACGAUAUUGAUUUAUACAAAUAAUUCCAUCACAA